AUGAGUCGGCUGAGCUUGCCGCUGUGCAUCACGAUAGCCGCCGCCGGAAAAUGGAAUAUGCAGCUGAGGGACCUCUCCAAAAGCGGCCAAUACAGCCACGCCCUGACCCUCUACCGCCAAAUGCUGCGCUCGGGCGUCGCCCCAAACGCCUUCACCUUCCCCUUCACUCUCAAAUCCUCAGCCGCUCUGUAUCUCCCUCUCACCGGCGCUCAGCUCCACUGCCACGUCAUCAAGUCCGGCUGCCUUCUGGAGCCCUUCGUGCAGACGGCUCUGAUAUCCAUGUACUGCAAAUUCUCCUCCCCCGAGAGUGCCCUCAAAGUGUUCGACGAAAUUCCUGACCCUACUGCUGUUUGCUACAACUCUUUGAUUUCUGGUUUUGUCCGAGUGUCAAGAUUCUCAGACGGGCUGCUUUUUUUCGGCCUUAUGAGGUCUAAACGCGUGCCGUUUAACGCCGUCACUAUUUUGGGAUUGGUGCCCGGGUGCAGUAACCCAAUGCACCUGCCUCUGGGAAUGUCCCUUCAUUGCUUGGCUUUGAAACUCUGUUUGAUCAAUGAUUUGGCAGUUGUAAAUUGCUUCUUAUCGAUGUACGUUUGGUGCGGGAGUUGUACUGAACUUGCGAGGAAGUUGUUCGACGAGAUGCCGGAGAAGAAUUUGAUCACUUGGAAUGCAAUGAUAUCCGGGUACUCGCAAAACGGGCUGUGUAAGGAGGUUUUGGAUUUGUACGAAAAUAUGAAAUUGUUUGGUGUGUGCCCUGACGAGGUGACACUUGUCGGCGUCCUGUCAUCUUGCGCUAAUCUCGGCGCACGAAAAAUCGGUGUCGAAGUGGAACAGAUGAUAAUAAAUCGUGGGUUUGUGCUUAAUCCGUAUUUGAAUAAUUCGUUGAUUAGCAUGUAUGCUAGGUGUGGUGACUUGAGAAAGGCGAGAGCUAUUUUCGAUUCACUCCCGGAUAAAAAUUUGGUGUCUUGGACAGCUAUCAUAGGCGGCUAUGGCAUGCACGGCCAUGGAAUUAUCGCUGUCGAGCUUUUUGAUCGUAUGAUAUUGGCAAGCAUCUGGCCAGAUAAAGCUGUAUUCGUUUGUGUUUUAACCGCAUGCAGCCAUGCGGGGCUCACGGAAAAAGGGUUGGAUUAUUUUUACUCGAUGGAGAAAAUUUACAAUCUGGUCCCUGGCCCGGAACACUAUUCUUGCGUUGUGGACCUUUUGGGCCGGGCGGGUCGGUUAGUCGAGGCUGAAAACGCGAUCAUGUCAAUGCCGAUGGAGCCCGAUGGGUCCAUAUGGGGAGCUUUAUUGGGUGCCUGCAAGAUCCAUAAAAAUGUGGGCUUGGCUGAGCUGGCUUUCGGUAAAGUGAUUGAGCUUGAGCCCAUGAAUAUAGGUUAUUAUGUUCUAUUAUCGAAUAUUUAUACCGAGACGGGUAAUAAAGAAGGCGUGCUGAGGGUUCGGGUGAUGAUGCGAGAACGGGGACUGAAAAAAGAUCCCGGCUAUAGCUAUGUCGAGCAUAAAGGUAGAAUACAUCUGUUUGUGGCCGGGGAUAAAAGUCACCCUCAAACGAAAGAGAUCUGUAAAAUGUUAGGGGAGUUGGAGGAUUUAGUGAAUGCAAAAGAGGAUGAUGAAAAGAACCAAAGGGAUUAUCAAUCUAUGCAUCAUAGCGAGAGAUUGGCAGUUGCAUUCGCGCUCUUGAAUUCGUGUUCGGAAGAGGAGGAUAUUCUCGUUAUUAAGAAUCUGAGGAUAUGUGAAAACUGUCACGUGUUUAUAAAAUCGGUCAGCAGAUUUGUGGAGAAUCGUCGCUUUGUGGUUCGUGAUGCGACCCGUUUUCACCAUUUUAAGGGUGGGUCUUGUUCUUGUAAUGACUACUGGUGA